UUUAAGAAAAUAAUAUCGUUGCGAAAGGAAAAAAAUUAAUAAUAAUACAACAAUUGAAUUGAAAACAUUUAAAUAAAUUUUUAUAAUUCAAAUGCAUUUUUCAAUAUACUUGGCUCUUUUAACUUGUCAACUUUAUAAUAACGUUCCAGCCACAUCAGGUCAAGACGAAAAAUGUCCCUUUGAAAACACAGUUAAUUUAACAGAUCAACAUAAAUACGAAAACGGAUCCUAUGUGUAUGAAGGCAUUUUAAUACCUCCCGAAAAACAGCAGUUAUAUGAUUAUCAUUUGAAAUUUCUAAAGGCCCGGGAAACAGUUCCCGAGCAUCUAAGAGGUUGUGUUUGUGAGGACCGACCAUGCGUGAAAUUGUGUUGCAAAGUGGAUGAAUAUUUUGAGGACACGGGGAAUAAGAGUAAAUGCGAAAAAAUAACUCCGGAUAUGCAAGUUUCUUGGAAAUUGCCUAUUGAACGGGAAAAUGGCAAAUCUAAAAUAGUGAAUCUAUUCAAACAUUUCACCCCUCAAGUGGGUUUACCUUGCAGAAUGCCAGAGGCCCUAGAUGAUAAGCUCGAUGACUGGAUGUUGCUGGAGAACGGAACUUUAUAUAUUGCGACUGAUAAAUCAAGUCUCAAUACAUUGAACUAUUGUUAUUCACCACACUUGCCCGAAGAUUCUAUGGAAUACGUACUAACUCCAUUCAGUUGUCCCAUUGUGAAUGUAGGCUCCUGGAAAAUGCUAUUAAAUACAUAUGCCAUGAUAAUUUCAGUAUUAUUUCUAAUACCCACCAUACUGGUGUAUUUAGUGUUAAAGGAAUUGAGAGGAAAUCUGCGUGGUAAACUAUUGAUUUGUUAUCUUUUCUCAUUGACCAUGGGUUAUGCCAUUAUUAGUUUUGUAACUGUCUCGAAUUUAAUUUUUGAUGUUAUACCGUGCAGUUUACUGGGAUUCACUUCUUACUUUUUCUUUAUGGCGGCCUUUUUAUGGUUGAGCGUUUUAUGUUAUGACAUUUGGAAGAAUUUCAAAGAAACCAAUGUUGAGUUGAAUUCGAGAAAGAAUCGCAAACAGUUUAUUGUGUAUUCCCUGUAUGCCUGGUUGAGUGCUGGCCUGGCAACAUUUUGCAUUAUUUAUAUACAACUAUCUCCGAAUAUAGAUGAGAUUUAUAAGCCGGGAAUUGGUGUGGAAAUGUGUUUCUUGAAUACUGAAAAAUGGUCGGCCGCAAUUUACUUUUAUGGUCCCAAUCUAGUCAUUUUACUUUUCAAUUUUGUAACCUUUGGUCAUGUAACGGCUAGAAUCUAUAAAGUGAGGCGUGAUAUGGCCAGAAUUUCACACAAAGAGAAAUUCUAUCAAGAAAAUGCAAUUGUCAUUUUGCGUUUGUUCCUAAUCAUGGGCAUUUCAUGGCUUUUCGAUAUUAUAUCCUACUGUAUGCGUGAAUAUGAAGAAUGGGACUUUUUGUUUGUAUUCUCCGAUUUUGGCAAUGCCAUUCAGGGAAUUUUGAUAUUUUCGCUGUUUGUGCUGAAACCAAAUGUUUUGAAGCUAUUGAAUAAGAAAUUUCAAAAGGAUCCUGAUAUGCCGCGAAGAAGUGUCUGUACAUCCACCACUAAUUUUUCGAAACUACAAAAUUCAAGUUCCGUUGAAUCCGCAAUAACGCCUUAGAUUUCCAUAAUUGUUAAUACAUAUAAUAUUGUUAAGCAGUCAAUAACAAAUAUGUGAAAAUAUUAACAAACUAA